AUGAAGCUCUCCACGGCAACGACAUUUCUCGCCUGCGCGGCAUCCCAAGCGCAGGCCUUUUCCAACUCGUCGCCAUUCGUCUUCCUUUCUACAGCCGAACUCUCCACCCCGCCGUCAACCUCCCAGCUCCAAACCGCCUCCCAAGUCCUCACCACGGCCAAAUCCCUCCUCGCGUCAUGCCCGACCAAGCGCUACCUCCUCGUCUCACAGCCCAACAUGCACGCGGCCGACAUCCGUGAUGACUCCAACGACAGCAGCAGCGACUCCUGCCGCAUGCCCAACCUAUGCCGCGCCGCGCGCCGCGACGACAUCAACAGCUGGGCUGUUGCCGAGACCAUUGGCCGGGUGUCGGGCAAGCCGCUGGAGGAGUACAUUGCGCAGACGUGUGGGGAGGGCGUGAGCGUGCAGCGGGUCGAGCUGCGGCAGCUGCCGGCUGCGUCUGAGCGUAUCGGCGCAGAAAGCGCGAGGGGCGAGGUGUUGGGGGAUAAUGAUCAUGAAUUGGGCCAGCUGCUUGAUACGCUUGCGGGCGAGGACUAUACCGUCGUGGUGUUCUCGGACCCGAGCGAGGCCAAGGCGUACGAGCCUGAGUUCAGCGGACCUGUGCAUAUGGACAUGAAGCGCUCCGUCGAGCGCCAGUUCGUGGCCAGGUCGAAGAGCGACUCGGCUGACAACUUGCCGUUGUUUGAGAAAUACCAAUUCUUCACGCCUGGCAUUUUCAUGGCCUUCAUCGUCCUGGCCGUGGUUCUGUCCAUCCUGGGCGUCGGCCUCAAGGCGCUCUCGAGCCUCGAGGUCUCUUACGGCGCGUUUGACAAGGACAUGGGCCCGGCUGCCCAGAAGAAGCAGAUGUAG